AUGCAUAACAACGUCACCUAUAUCGGCGACAUGGCCCCCUCCCCCGAGCAUCCCAACCAUAACGAACCUCAACUCACAUUCGAAGAGGUUCAACAACGUUAUGGUAAAGAUGCCCGACUCUUCGUCGGAAAUCUUUCGGUCAACGUCGACCAGUCAACGCUCAUGCGGGAUUUGCAUGAAGCAUUCAGGCCAUUCGGAGCCUGCUGUGUCGGGUUGAAGUACAGCAGGACCAGACAAGGCCUGCAACUUCCUGGGGCGUUCGUCCAAUUCGAAGUAAGUCAUCUAUUGUGUGCUUCUUUAAACGGUCUACAAUAUGAAACUAACGAUCUACAGCGUCCCGAAUAUGCCCAAGCAGCUCUCAGCUUGGACCAGCAGCGCGAGCUGCAUAACCGUCCUCUAAGAGUUGAGAGGGCAGCCGGGCAGAGGAAUCGGUCUGCCAAUGGGUCCCCGCCCUACCCCCAGCACGGCCCCUCCCCCCAGGCGCCAUACCCCCAGAUGCCACAACAGUGGUAUCCGUCCCUGCAGAGGUCCUCGCUCGAGUCCAUCUCGGGUUCCUAUGAGUACCCUUAUAUGGCUGGUGCCCCGGGCCCAUAUCCACCUGUUUGGGGGGAGCAUAGCUACCCUGGGCAGGUGGAGGCCAACAACGUUCCGAUUCAGGAACAGGCUUCUGGGGGCCAGGUCGAGCGUCAGCAGGGCUCGACUGCCGCCAUUUGGAACGGGCCCUUGAUUGUGGAUGGGUCCUGUUGGGCAGACAAGAGGAGGAAGUGA